CUUGGAAUAUAUAUUCAAGCUGAUAUGAGCAAGGAUAGCAAUUCAACUUCUUGGCCUUCUCUUUUCUAAAGAAAACAAAUGGCUCUCCACCAUGCUCGCUCUAACAGCUUGCCUUCUAGGCCACAUCCUCUAUCUUCACAAAUCGAUGAGCAUUUCAGCAGAUUGAAUGCUUCUCAAGUAAUAUCCUCCUCUUCUUCAACAUCAUCUAUAUGCCACAAACUAAGUUGCCUUCAAGAUUUGCAUGAUUGUGUUGAUAAGUUGAUUCUGCUUCCCCUCACUCAAAAAUCUUUAGCCCAAGAACAGAAUGAGAAAUGGGUCGAUGACGUAUUGGACGGAUCCCUUAGAGUCUUGGAUGUCUGUAGCGUGGCUACAGAUGCCUUGUUGCAAACAAAGGAAUGUGCUCAGGAACUUCAAUCAAUCAUGAGGAGAAGAAGGGGAAAUGAAAUUGGAGUCUCAAGUGAGAUUAAGAAAUACUUGACCUCUAGGAAAGUGGUGAAAAAUACAAUCCACAAGGCCUUGAGGGGUUUGAAAUAUUUGGAUAAUAAAUCCUCACUCUCUCCCUUCAACAAAGACAAUGAAGCUGUAGCUGUAGUUAGUAUGCUAAAAGAGGUGGAAGCAGUCACUCUCACUGUGCUUGAAUCUCUCAUGACUCUCAUCUCAGGAGGGGAAAAAGCACAAUCAAAGCUAAGUGGAUGGUCCUUGGUGUCCAAGCUAAUGCAUCACAAAAGAAUAGCUUGUGAGGCAGAGGAAACAGAAGUGAAUGAAUUUGAAAAACUGGACUCUGCAUUGCACUCUCUCAUUUAUCAGAAGACCAGCAAAUCUUACAACACAGGGUCUCUUGAGAAUGUGCAGCAGCAGCUCAAAGAUUUCGAUUUGUGCAAUCAAGAACUUGAAGAAGGACUCGAAAACCUUUACAGGCGUUUGAUCAAAACUAGAGUCUCUCUUCUCAACUCCUUUGUAAACUAGAUGUAAAUAUCUUUGUAC